UGCCGCUCCUGGGCCCACUGACGGGGUUCACCCUCUGGCCCCGCCCCUCGUCUAGUGGGCGGGGUUAUGAUGGAAUCACCCUGCUUGAUGGGCGGAGUUACUACUGACCCCGCCCCUUAGCCAAAGGGUGGGGUCACGAUUGGCCCUUCCCACCCUUGUGGGCGGGGUUUACCACGGACUUCGCCUCCCAGAUGCAGGGUUGCCAUUAGCUCCGCCCCUUGACCGUCAUGUUGCGGCUUCGCGCGCUCUCCGGUCUCCCGCGCUUGUUGAGCGGAGCGUCAUGUCUGGGUGCGGCCUCGGUGCUCAGGCUCGGCCCCGGGCGGCCCUACAGCGUGAAGCGGAGGAGUUACUGGCAGGCGCUACAGCGGUGGCUCCGCGGCCCGCCGACUCCGCCUUUCCGGCGGCCGUGCCUGGUUGGGGCCCCGGUGCUGCGCGCCGUGGCGGCGGCCGUGCCCCCGGAGCAGGUGCGCGGGCCUGAGGUGCAGCGGCUGGUGGCCGCGCUGGUGGCCGCCCUGCGCCGGGCUGACGCGGUGGGGCUGAGCGCCCCGCAGCUCGGGGUCCCGCUCCGGGUGCUGGCGGUCGAGGUGCCGGAGAGAAUCGUGCAGGCCCAGGCUCCCCGCCUCCGCCUCGCCCGCGACAUGACGGCCGUCCCGCUGCGGGUCCUCAUCAACCCGCGGCUCCGCGUCCUCGACUCCCGCACCGUCGUGCUGCCCGAGGCCUGUCAUAGCGUCCCCGGCUUCUCCGCCUGUGUGGCACGGCACCGCGCUGUCGAGGUUACAGCCUGUUACCAGGGCUGGAUGAGCGUGGGGAGCCGGUCCGCUGGGAAGCCUCAGGAUGGGUGGCGCGGAUCCUGCAGCAUGAGGUGGACCAUUUGAAUGGGCAGCUCUUCAUCGACAGAAUGGACAGCAGAACCUUCCAGAACCUGCACUGGAUGGAGGAACUGGAGUGAGGCAGAGGGACCCCGUGGAACUGCCCAGACACGGGAUGUGGGCAUCUGGCAUCGCAAGAUCCCACAAUCAGUGUCACCCUGAUGACCCGUUGGCCAAGUGGUCCAUGGACACGGGUUGGCCAAUGGGAAAUGAGUGGUGUCAACCCCUUUAUAAUCUGUCAGUACAGGCAACCUUCAUGUUACGGUGGUUUGGGUAACAGAAAUUCUUCCUUGUUGAAUUCACAAUGGAAUAAAUGACAUAAGGAAUGAAAUUCACACUUACAGAAUGUAUAUGGAAAAAUAAACAUUUUUUAACUUGCGUUUCUUGA